AUAAAAUAGUAUUGACUAGACAAUUCUUCUGCUUUGAAUGUUCAUCUCAUCGCUACAGAAGUGCGGUGCUCGGUUAAGCUUCAACCACUUAUAUACUUAACCUCAUCUAGGAGUUGCAAAUCAAGCAUAUCAAGUUAUCAUUGGAAUACAAAUUCAGAGAAAUGGAACACAUCAAAGAUCCAUCAAUUUACCGCAAUCCCGUCAUAUUGCAGAGCGAGGAUUUAACCAAGUAUAUACUGGAGACUGCUGUUUACCCUCGAGAACCUCAGCCACUGAAAGAGUUGAGAGAAGCCACUAGGAAUCACCCUUGGGGCUUCAUUGCUACUUUACCGGAUGCGGGUCAGCUAAUCACCUUACUUUUGAAGCUGUUGAAUCCCAAAAAGACCAUUGAAGUGGGAGUGUUCACUGGUUACUCCCUUCUCCUCACUGCACUCAACAUUCCUGAUGAUGGAAAGAUUACCGCCAUAGAUAUUGACAGGAAGGCUUAUGAGGUUGGUUUACCAGUCAUCAAAAAGGCUGGAGUAGAGCACAAGAUUAAUUUCAUUGAGUCUCCUGCUUUACCAAUCUUGGAUAAACUACUUGAAGAUCCUGCAAAUGAAGGAUCAUUUGACUUUGCCUUCAUUGAUGCUGACAAAGAGAGCUACGUGAACUACCAUGAGAGGCUUAUAAAACUGGUCAAGAUUGGUGGGUUACUUGUAUAUGACAACACACUGUGGGGUGGACGUGUUUCUUGGCCUGAAGACAAAGUUCCACCACACGCUAGGCCAGGGAGGGACGCUGCAAUUGAAUUUAACAAAAAAAUCACAAAGGAUUCUCGAGUUGAAUUUGCUCUUACUUCCGUAGGGGAUGGACUCAAUAUUUGUAGGCGUAUUGCUUAACUUUUCUGCACUAAACUUGUUUUCUUAUCAAUAAUCAGUGUUUCAUCUACUGAUAUUAUAUAUUUGUACUACCUACCCGAAUAACAUUGCAUUUUGUGUUCCUAAUAAAGUUAUGGUUUCGAUGGAAA